CCUCGGUUCAAAAACCUGCCAACGUCCCCUUUUGAAAGUGUGUAGUCCUGUUUCUGCUUUCAGUGCCACUCAAGAGACGACAGAAGAGGACCGAAAUAUGCUCUCCAGACACGGAACUCGGGCUUAUUUCCGUUAACUUACAGGACGUUUGUGAUUUUGACUGCGCUGAAGUUUGACACAAACUAAAGGAAAAGACACAAAACAGCAACAAGUCGUGCAGGUGGUAGAUCACACGCUGACCGGAGGAACCAGACCACAUCAAGACUCACCACCCAGACCUUCCAGUCUCACCUGAACCCGACGAGAAAGACUAAACAUGUCCGUGGAGAGUUACUCGGCGCUGGACGAGUCCUCCCUCCGAGCCCUGCUGGAUGGAACCGUGGAUCUGGACGAGAGACGCCUCAUCCGUUCAGCCAUCCGGGAGUUGAGGAGGAGGGAGAUUGAGGACAUGGAGGCCGCUCUGGCCAGCAAGAGAUUUCGACCCACACGCCUCAAACAGCAGGAAGACAAGGAGAACCAGCACAGGUCUGAAUCCAGCGACAACUUGGACGUGCUGUCACGAAAACUGCAAUCAAUCCAGGACAUCGAUGAGCUCACGAAAAUGCUCCGUGCUGCCAGUGAGUAUGAGGAGAGGAAGAUGAUCAGAGCAGCCAUCCGUCAAGUCCGAGAUGAACAGCAGCAAGGGACUGUGGAGCGGGGUAAAGCUCUGGGUCGCUGUGGGGAGCCUGAGAGUGUGGAGCCUCAGAGCACCAUGGGAACCGGGGAGACAGAGCGGGAGAGUCACAGUGAGCGUAUCAGAUCUCAGAUCCGGGAGUUUAGCGGCCAGCAGACACAACAAAGCAGAGAGCUGCAGAGGAUAGGCUCCAACUCAGGCAUGGUGUUGGUUCUUGAUCACCUGGUGAAGGACGAUGGCCCCGGACCUCUGCUGAUCCAGCCUCAGAGAGAGGCUGUGACCACGGAGCCGGACCUGGUCCUGUCUCAUCGUCAAAGGUCUGACUCCUCAGCUUCAGACCGCAGUGGGGCCUCUGUGCGUUCUAGGUCCAAUCUGGAUUCUGCGGCCUCAGAGAAGAGCGUGGGCUCAGCCUACAGAGCCCGGCUGGACUCUGGAGCUUCAGACAGAAGCCAGAGUCCCUCUCAGCGCAGUCGGCGAGGCUCUGGGGCAUCAGAACGAAGCGUCAGCUCCCUGACCCAUGUCAGACAGAGACUGGGUUCAGAUGUCUCCGAUUCUGGCGCCAGGCCCCGUUUGGGCUCCGGGGCUUCAGACAGCGUUGGUGUGUUGUCAAGGAAACGGACUGACUCUGGGACAUCUGACCAAAGUGUAAGUAUGUCCUCUGAGGAGAGAGGUCCAGCUGAGGAGGCGGAGGUCGCUACAAGUGGGUCAACUUGCAGCACAGAUUCAGAAUCCGAGAGCAGAAACCAAGGUCCAGCCAACACUCAGGCUCAGUCCAACCAGGACCGCAUCAUUGACCAGGAGCAGCCGGAUGGGGCCUUUUUAUCCCGGAGAGAUCCUGCAAAUGGACUGCUCAACGGCAGCGCCAAGGUAAAGAACGACUUCCAGAAACAAACGAUGACAGGUAACAGUGCCCUGCCCCUUACUCAUGACAAAGGAAAGGACUCUGCACCUGAGAAGAAAGAUGUAAUAUUGGAACAGUUCAACCGCACCAACUCUGUGCGGGAUCGAAUGCGCAAGUUCACGGAGCCCAGCCAGAGCCCAAAUGUCCCAAGUUUGAAGAAAACUCCUCUGAGGAACGGGACCACCUCCGGCAGCAGUGGCCAGACGAAUCUCUCCAGAGCGGCUGAGCUGUUUACACACACAACAGCAUCCCUCAGCACAUCUGGAGACAGGCCAGCAAGGCCACGUGUGGACUCCACAUCUCACACCUCUGCCGCAUCCCAAAGUCAGGCCACACCUCAACCGGGAGGCGGGCCUAACAAACCUCUGUCCUCAGCUGGCCAAUGGCAGAACUCCAUGGGUGGGAUGAGGCAUCCAGCUGAAAAAGAUGAGCAUGCCUCCAGCAACUCAAAGGAAGACGGGACCCCAGUGAGAGCAGCUGGACAGCAGGUCACCCAGGGAGAGGCAGACCCGGACAUGAAGACUUUCCUCACCAUCGAGAUCAAGGAUGGGCGCACCACCACCUCCUCCACAUCCUCCACUCGGGGCAACAUCGUACCCAUCACCAACAUGGCACCACGCAUCACCACUAAUGCUCUGGGACAGCGAGCAGAGCUGACCCUUGGCCUCAGAGCUACACCGUUCAAGAUCUCUUCAUCGAGCCUCUCCUCUGGAUCCUCCAUCAAGAUGGAGACAGAGCCCGUUGUGGCCUCAGAGCCGGUGUAUUCAGCUGGACCGUCUGCCCAGGUGGUGUGUAAUGUCCCCGCCAUCCCCAACGGCUCCAGCACUCAGACCAAAACAGAUGAGCGCUCCGGAAAACUGACUGCCGAACAGCUGGCUGCUAUCGAGGAUGAGGAGCUCCUCGAUAAAAUGCUCGAUGAGUCAAAAGACUUUGAGGAGAGGAAGAUGAUCCGUGCGGCCAUGAGAGACCUUCGCAAGAGAAAGAGAGAGGCCAUGUUGGGAUGUACUCAGGAGGAAAUAGGUAUUGCAGACCAAAGAGAAAAGGAGCGCGAGACACGUCUGCAGGAGCUCCGGCAGCAGAGGGAAGAGCGAACACAGAAAGGCCGCACUGGGGUCGGAGCAGGAGAGGUGGUGAUGAGGAAAGUGGAGAAGUCCGCGGAUGGCUCUAGCCACAGCCAAGUCACCAAGACAGACCGCUUCGCUUCAUCUGAUGAUGGGAGCAGAUCAACACGCAGCACUGUCGUCGAGGCCAGUUAUGUGCAGAAAACAGACAGAGGGACAGUCCAGUCAAAGUCAUACAGCUACAGCUCUUCCACAUCAUCCUCCUCCUCCUCCAACACAAGCAAAAAAGUGGGCAGUGUUUUUGAUCGGGAAGACGACACAUCGUCUCGCAGUGGCAGCAGCGGGCUGGCCGCAGUGGAGCGAAGGCAGGCAGAGCGGCGCAAGGAGUUAAUGAGGGCACAGACACUGCCGAAGACCUCUGCCAUGCAGGCCCGCAAAGCCAUGAUAGAGAAGCUGGAGAAGGAGGGAGGCGGCCCUGGAAAUCAGGCGGUGGCCAAGGUAAACAAGGUCCAGCGUUCCACCAGCUUUGGUGUACCCAACGCGAACUCCAUCAAGCAGAUGCUGCUCGACUGGUGCCGUGCCAAGACCCGCUCUUAUGAGCACGUCGACAUUCAGAACUUUUCAUCCAGCUGGAGUAACGGCAUGGCAUUUUGUGCCCUGGUGCACAACUUUUUCCCUGAAUCCUUUGACUACAGCUCUCUGAGCCCGAGCAACCGCAGGCAAAACUUUGAGGUGGCCUUCAGCACUGCAGAGAAACUAGUGGACUGUCCCCAGCUGUUGGAUGUGGACGACAUGGUGAAGAUGCGCGAGCCAGAUUGGAAGUGUGUGUAUACGUACCUGCAGGAGUUCUACAGGGGUCUGGUGACGAAGGGCCUGGUUAAAACCAAAAACUCCUCCUAGAGUUGCACCGCAACUAAAACUGAACCCAUGGACAUACGCCAACUGCAUGCCUCUGCUGGAAGUGGAGGACAUGAUGAUCAUGGGCAAUAAACCCGACUCCAAAUGCGUCUUCACCUACGUACAGUCUCUGGUCAACCACCUGCGCCGAUACGAGAUGUCCAUGGGUCGGCCCUGUGACCUCUGACCUGUGCUCAGUGAGCCUCGACGCCUCCCUCUCCCAACCUCUCCCUAAGCUCAAUCGCCACCUGAUGACUGCCUCCGCACUGACGGGCUGAGUCACAGAGUUGCUCAUCUCUGAUGGACACGUUGGGGAUUGUGUGUGUGCGUGUGUGUGUGUGUCAGUUUUCUUAUUAUCUGUGUUGGCAGUGGUGAUGUGUAUUCAUUGUUUCAUUAACACACAGUCCACCUUCCUCCAGCAAGAGAGCGCCAAAGUUUUUAUAACACAACCUUAUAAGCUUUAAAAUUUUACUCUUUUUAAUUUUUUGUACUGUUUGUACCGGGUCAUAUUUAACACACAGACAUUGUGUCACGACGCUAGUGUACUGUAAACACAUCGAGACAGAAAAAAGAAAUAUUUUUUAUAGUAUUUCCCCUUUUUAAGUUAUUUAUACCUACAUAUUUCUCUGCUACACUUUUGUAACAAGUACUGUAAUUUGCUUGCAUUUCUUUGAGUGAUUCCACAAAGGAAGAAAAAUACACUCAACCUUAAGAUGGAUUUUCAUUUCGGUACUUUUUCAUUUUUACCAAACUCUGGCUGCUUAAAGUAUUUUAAUUAAGUUAUUACUAUUCUCAUGUUAAUGUUAUCAGUUAGCAUAUUUACCAUUUAAUUCAUGAGCACAGGGAUGUUCUGUCGUAAUUGUUCAAACGGAUGCAACAUUGUUAUGAGUAAUGUCACCUUUCUGAACUCUACCGUGCUACUGAGAACAUGUUUCAGAUUAUCAUAUUAUUCUAGCAGCAAAAAAUGCAUGCAGUAAAACACUUUUUUAUUCAGGUAGAAAGAAAACAAGAGGAGUUUGUUGUAGUCUGAUGUCAUACAGCUGAAUUGUAUCAAUACUUGAUGUUUCUUAGCGCUUGACUGACAGCAUAUGUGCAAAAUAACAUGUAUAACAGAGCUACUGUCAUCCGCCAGCAUCACUGACUUGCCCUGCAAACACACUCACACACAGCUCUGUUAGAGGGCUCCUUAUUUAUGCUUGAGUAGAUUUUUUUUUCUUUUUGAAAAUAUAUUGUUUUUUAUUUUGUUAGUGUGUACAUGAUGCUUUUGAAAGCUCAAGCUAUCACGAUGUUUUGUCAAACUAAUUGGGGUCACUUUUUGGUCGAGUUAACGGGCCCGACGAAAGCCGGCUUUCCUUUUAAACGUGAAUGAUCACGACUGAACGUAACCGCCAAUUGUAUAUUUUACAACUUGAAGCUAAGAAAAUUUUUUAAAUGAAAAUGUUUAUUCCGCUUGUAAAAAUUUAAAAUUCCUUUAAGAAGAUCGUUCCAGAGCUGAAUGAGCUUGAUGAAACUUAUUUCUUAAAGCUCUGUUUGAGUAGAUUUAGAGAAAUUAUUUGAGGAUUAUUCCACCGCUGCCAGCUGAAAAACAAACAUCUUCCAUGGAGCAGUGAGUGCUGUACAUAAGAGCUUAAACACGUUAUAAUUUCACGUUUCUGUGCACCACAGUUAAAUGUGAAUUAAAAUAAACAAAUUUGAGAAAUGAGUGUUUGUUUGGAAUUAUUGCUCUGAU